UAACCCAGAAAAACCAGUCGGCCGUUGCUGAAGGACAAGAUGUGGUGGUGGGGGGAGGAGGAGAAUGUUUGAACUUUGAGCGCUUUCACCGACGUCGCUCUCUGGGAGCUCACGAAUAGCGGCCCCCCAUUCGGCAGUCCGAGAGCGAGGACGAAAGCUCAGCAAAAUUUCGUGUGGGGAGACAGCGAGAGGGAGGGAGGGAGAGAGAGAGAGAGACCCAAGAAUCGAGAAAGCUGCACUCUGUUCUCGGAGAAGUUCCAAAACCAAAUGCGGAGCGCCUGAGAAAUCCAGGAAAUUAGUUUGCCCAGCAUAUAAAAACAGAGCGCGAGAAAGAAUCUCUCUAAGAAUCCAAGUCUCUUCCUUCCCUCCAUCACUGAUUUCGGGUGUUGCUUGACAGUUUCCUCGUUUUGAUCUGGCAGAUGUAUCUGGAAAUAGCACAAGGUAAGUGAUUGUCAUGGGUUGCAUUACUUCAAAGAGUUUUGCACGAACACCUGGAUAUGAAGAGCCUAACAUUCUUGCUACUGCAACACCUUUUACUGCAAGCGAAGUUGAGGCCUUAUAUGUGCUCUUCAAGAAAUUAAGCAGUUCAAUUAUUGUCGAUGGGGUUAUUCACAAGGAAGAGUUUCAGCUAGCACUUUUCCAGAACCGAAAUUGCAGAAAUCUUUUUGCCGACAGGAUAUUUGCUUUGUUCGAUAUGAAGGGAAAUGGGGUUAUUGAGUUUGGUGAAUUCGUGAGAUCACUCGGUGUCUUUCACCCGAACGCACCAAUGGAAGACAAGAUUGCAUUUGCUUUCAGGUUGUAUGACUUGAGGCAAACAGGAUAUAUCGAGCCAGAGGAGUUGAAGGAAAUGGUAAUGGCACUUCUUCAUGAAUCAGAUUUGGUACUCACGGAGGAUGUCGUGGAAACGAUCGUGGAUAAGGCAUUUAGGGAAGCCGAUACAAAACACGAUGGAAGGAUUGAUCAGGAAGAGUGGAAGGACUUUGUGUUGAAGAAUCCUUCUCUGAUAAGGAACAUGACUCUUCCGUACCUAAAGGAUAUAACUUUGGCAUUUCCCAGUUUCAUAUUGAGCUCUGUGUCUCAAGAUUCACAAGUAUGACUCCGUUCAUCAUUAAGGCGUCAACACAUGUCGGAUCGAUGUCAUAUAGUACCAGAUGAUGCCCCUGAACGUCUGCCAACUACCAGUUUUUGUCGCGAGGUAAAACCUUAAAGCUGAAAGGAGACCAAGAUGCAGUGCCUUCGUCAAAGUAUCUAGUUGGCCAAUUUUAUUGACAAAUCGGUGCUUAAGGGUCGUCACAUAUAUAAUCAAUCAUAAAGCUCUCAAAGCUUCAUGCGUUUUUCGGGCUUUUGAGUUCGGAAGUGUUUGAGUGGGUAUAUGGAAGAGAGGCAUUUUGCAAUGUACAGAUAGAAAUUUUCAGGGACUUUAAAAAGAUUAUGUGUAUGUCUGAUAAAGCAUCGGCUCAUUAGAUGAACUCAAUGACAGUCAAGGAGACUUUGCCAAGGUGAG